AUGGAAAAUUCAUGUGUUCAAUUGAAUGAUUUGCCUGAUGAAAUUCUUGUGAUUAUUUUAAAAAAAUUGGCUAAAGUAGAAGUACUUUAUUCUUUAUUCGAUGUCAAUAAACGAUUAAAUAAAAUUUCACAUGACACUGUUUUUACUAAUGAUUUACCUAUUCUGAUGUCUGCAUCCGAUGAUUUGAUUUAUUCAUUACCUGAUCUAAUACUUGGUCGUUUUUGCUCAUAUAUUUUACCUAAAAUUCAUGAAAAAAUCGAAUGGCUUCAUCUUGAAUCACGAUCAAUGGAACGCAUUCUUCUUGCUACAAAUUAUCCGAAUUUAUAUGGAAUUAGUUUACAUAAUAUUCAACCAAAAACGGCUAUAAAUCUUUUUACGGGUAAGAUAUUUUACUUUUAUUCUUCCUAUGAUAGACACAUUAAAUCUAUAAAUGAAAUAAAUUCACGGAUUAAUUUCUGAUCAUCGUUAAUUAGAUGAUUAGAGUUAUUAUUAAUUUAACUUUUGAUUCGUAUUUGUUAAUACGAAGAGAAGAAGAUUGUCGCAUAAAAGAGAUGAUUUUUCCAUGAAAGUUAAGUACUGAUAGACAAAGUAAAAGACAGAAAUUUUCUUCGAUUUAAAGUUUUACAAAUUUUUUAAUAAUAAAAUGUAGAAUAAAAUACAUGAUACCAGAUACAAUACAACAUUUAAGAUGCAAUAUAAACGAAUAAGUAAGUCUAAAAAUGAAAAUCAAUUAUGUAAAUUGUAUGAUUAUUAAAAAAAGGAUAAAGCAAAUUUAUGUAAACUAUUUUUAGCUUCCAUGUAAGAAUAAUUUUUAAUGAUUUUUAAAAUUUUCUCAUUGUUUAGAUGAAACUUCUGUGAUUGCUAC